GAACAAGUCUCAUGUUUCUACAAACCACUUUGUUUUGCUUUUAUUAUUAACUGUACAAACAGCGGUGGGGUCCAGGUGUAAGUAGUGCAUAGAGGCCUCUCGAAAUGUCUCUUAAAUAUUUAAAUGCUCCGUUCAUGGGAUAAAGUUUGGUACACUCUUCUCAUACUGUCUGAACCCCGGAAAUACGGUCAGUUAAGCUUCAACAACAUACCUGUUUUAUAGCAUUCAACACUAACAGGGCAGAACAACAUACAGUAACACUUAAUGUUAAACAAUAGACAGCAUACAGGGACAAUAAAAGUGUCUUUGAGGAUUUCUCUCUGUUGUCAGGGAAGUGCUUGAGUUUGUCAUCACAAGUUGAUAGUGAAAGGAACCAGCAUUUGAUGAUUGAGUCCAUGUCUUUGGUUUGUGGUCAUCUUGGCAAAGUCAGAUUUUAAAGGACAGUGACAGAGUUUUUACAGGUUUUAGCCCAUUUACUACAGAUCACACAUACUUCCUGUAAAGAAAACCAUUUUCCAAAGCAAAUAAUAGUCAUUAAAAAACUUGAAAUGAUUUUUUUUUCCCAUAAAGACAUUCUUUUUUCCUUCCUCGGUCCGAAACAAACGUACAAAAGUCGCCAUGCAAGAGGGGACACAAACGGUGUCCAGUUGCACAAACACAUCUCUGGUCUGUAAACAAAAGCAGAAGAUCUGUCUUUCUCUAAUAUAUGUGGAAAUAAAUACAUAAAGAUAAUCUCAGUUCUGUUCUGGAAACUUUAUUUAAUCUCUCAUAGCAGUGGUUCUCAGCUGGUGGGACAGGACUCAAACAUGAGGCAUCGAGCUUCUUUUAGUGGGUCGUAAAUGUGUGCAAGGAAGAAAAAUUAUGUGGCAAAGUCUAUGAAGUACGGAGGCCCAAAGUAGACAUGUAUUAAUAUAUUUUUAUUACUCUGUUUUGCAGUGAUGACAUGCUUAAUUAAUAGGCCUAAACCUGCUGACCUCAUGGCUCUGAGGAUGUUAUCAUAACCCUGCUGAGUUCACUCAGCAGGGUGCACACAUGGAUGGAUUUUUACAUUGAACCUAAUAUUUUUGUUAAUGAUUUCCAACACAAAACCUCAUUUAAAAUGUACCUUAUUCAAAUUAAGGCACAAGGUACACUUUUAAAUUGUUAUUUGCAUGCAAUGUGCUUUAGAAAGUUUAAAAAUAUGGAUAAAUAUGUUUGGAAAAAUGUAAUGGGGUCUGCAGAUGACAUCAUGCAGCAGCAGAGAACUUGCCUUGAGGGGAUGAAACGAUUUCUACAUAGAGAAAUGCUACCAAACAGGCCGACUAUGCCAGGCAUUCCAAGUGCAAAAAUAAAAACAUAAUUUAUUUUUAAGCUACUUGUGUGUCCUGAAAUAUUCAGGCAAAAAUAAGAAGUUUAAAAACCUGAGGGUAAAAGGGCAGCAAGCAGCACUUCAAAAGGCAUUUCUAAAGCCUGGACAAGUGGUGUCACAAAAAUGCUCGUACAUGGUUUGUUUUCACAAAGUAGUCCAGUUUGGUUCAGUACAGUCUUGCCAUGGCUUAGCACAUUAGCCUUGAUCUUGUCCGUGUUUCUUCAGCUGAUAUCUGUCUAGUCUUCCUCGCUGUGACGGGAUAUCAGUGUCUUUAAAGAGAUCCAGAUAAUUUUGGCUCAACUCAGCUCAAAAUGUUUGUUUGGUUCCCAAACUGAUCUUCAUUCCUCAAAAGCUUGGAUUUUUAACUGUGUAUCAAAUAACAACAUAGGAUGGAGGAACAGAAACUGGCACUCAAACAAGAGCUAGCUACAAUAGAUAACAUGAAGAAGUCAUUUCAUACAAUGGGCUCUUUCGUUAACGGCACAUCAUUACCCAACAAGGUUAAUUUGGUUAAUAGAUAUGUUUAAAUUAAAAGCAUGUCUAUGACAAAAUGUUGAGUUUUUUAUGUUAAAGGAGCUCAGCUAAGACUCUUGUCUCUCUUAAUCCAGAUAUACGAUGAAGACAUCAGGAGGUCUGCAGGACUGAGUAAAUUGAUCGCCUUCACGUCAGGUGCUAACAUGGAUAUGCACUCCUACAACUGUACCUCGUCUCUAAAAUGUGAAUGAUUUCCAUAGUACCCUUCGGAUAGUUCUCACCUGGAUACACAUUUACCCCCCACCAUCAAAGAUGUCAGGUGGGAGCUUCUUGAGCAGGGUGCGGUCUGCCUUCAGGAGGGAGCCGGAUGAAUGGGACCUGAGCGACACGGCUCCCUUCGACUUCUCCGAUGAGCUGGUGGAGGAUGAGACCCCGAAAUUCAACAAGCUGAAGGUGGUGGUCUCUGGGGAGAUGUCAGACUACUCUGCCGGGGCUCCGUCCAACGGGGUGGCGGUGAACACGCUGGUGGUGGCUGAUGAUGAUGAUGACUCCCUGCUGGAGUCGUCCUCCAGCCUGGGCAGUCCGGGGUUAAACAUGGACCCCUGUGACAACUGCAGCAAGAAGAAGGAGAGCAUCAAACACAGGAGGGUGAUGAAGAGGCUUGCCAUUGCUGCUUUGCUGUAUUUCCUUUUCAUGAUCGGUGAAAUUGUAGGUGGUUACAUAUCAAACAGCUUAGCCAUUAUGACUGAUGCUGUGCACAUGCUGGCAGACGUGGUGGGCAUUUUAUUCUCCCUGCUGGCCCUCUGGCUCUCCACAAAGCCACCCACCAGGAGGUUCACCUUCGGGCUGCAUCGCCUCGAGGUGGUUUCUGCAGUCCUUAGUGUGGUGCUAAUCUAUAUUUUGACGGCCAUACUGCUCUAUGAGGCGAUACAGAGGACCGUACACCAAGACUUCGAUAUAGACGGAGAUGUCAUGCUCAUCACCGCAGCUGUGGGGGUGGCUGUCAACCUCAUAAUGGGUUUCUUGUUAAACCAGGGUGGUCACCUCCACUCUCACGGCCACGGCCAUGGUCACUCUCACGGCCCCUCAGCUCCCUCCAGUUCCGCCGGGUCGGGUCAGCAGAGGCAACAUGGCAGCCUGGCUGUAAGAGCUGCAUUCAUCCAUGCUUUGGGAGAUCUCCUCCAGAGUGUCGGGGUGCUCAUAGCUGCCUACAUUGUCCGCUUCAAGCCGGAGUUAAAACUGGCAGAUCCGAUCUGUACCUACAUCUUCUCUGUUCUGGUCCUCUGCACCACGUUCCGAAUCAUACGUGACACAAUUGUCAUCGUGCUGGAGGGUGUUCCCAGACACUUGGACACUCUGCGAAUCAGAGAGGACCUUCUGAAGCUGGAGGAUGUCCAAUCAGUGGAUGAGCUGAAUGUGUGGGCGCUGACAGCCGACAAAACUGCAGCUUUAGUUCAUCUCCAGCUCACGCCCUCUAGUGCCAACAACUGGGAGGAGGUCCAAGCAAAGGCCCGCCACCUGCUGCUUCACACCUACGGCCUCACCAGGUGCACAGUCCAGGUCCAGACUCACAGACAGCGGCCGGUACGCAGCUGUGCACACUGUCAGCAGCCCAGCGCCUGAAGACAGACAGCAGAGAUCACAGCACACAGAGAGAGACUAGAUGUCACAGCACUGUCACAGCUUAGUGCCAUAGAAGGAGCCUCAGUAAUUUCUUUAAGGGGGCAAAAGACAGGUGCCAAAGGCUGGGGAAACGGCAGAUGCAUAUUUCUAAAUGAAAGGUCACUUCAGCCAUCAGGGACUUUGUGCGAGUGAAGUUUGAAAAGUUUCUGCUUAAAGGAAUGAAAAAACUUGCUCUUAUUUCACCGUAAAAGCCUACUCCAACAGGUCACUUUUUUAUAUUUUAUUGUUUGAUUUUUCACUUUAUGCUUUUUCACUAGAUGAUAAUUUUAAUUUUUGCUACUAGCAGGAAGACUAUAAACUAAGACUGUGUUGUACUAAGAAUGUCAGCAAUGGAAACGUACCUCAUGUUUCAUAACUACGGAAGCCCUAAGAGGACAUGCAUUUGUACUUUUAUUUUACUCAGUUUUCCCAUAACAAUAAUGUAAGACAACUUUUUUUUUAGCUUGUUAGGGAUAGAAUUUUACAAUGUUUUCAAUACUCAAGUUCUCACUAGGGCUGCACGGCAGCACUCCAGAUCCUAGCUCUGAAUUAAACAACGUGAGAUGGUAACCUUUUGAAUGUAAAAAAAAAAACUCUACACAGAGCUCAGCAGUAUUAACUGAACAGUAAAAAUGUUAUUCAGUCAUCAUUGUCAACUCCUCUACAGACCAAAACACACUGCCCUGAGACAAGAUAGCCAACAGUAACAUGAGCUCUGUCCAUGACUCUUUCCUACCUGUCACUUUAUCAACACGCUGUUCUAUCCUGUUAUCGGUUCCACUCUUGUGGCUGUAGUUAGCCGUCAUGGUUGCUUUUGCUUCAGCUCAACAAACGCCAUCAACCCAAAGAAGCUUUCUUCUUCUACAAAACAUAACAAGCAAGUUUUACUGUGGGCAGGAUUAGUAUUUUCCACUCUGGUAUCAUUAGAGUCAACCAGUGCUAAUAGGGCUAAUGUUUACAGUUUCUGUUGCUGUCGUAAAGCAGUCGCUGUAAUCUGGCUCGCUGUGCGAAUACACCCAGAGCCAUGGCUUGAGACAGUCUACCUCUGUGAUCCAUUUAUUAUUUUCUUACUUUUUAUUAUGAUCCCCCCCGUUCCCAAGAAAACCUUAAAAAGGAAAUUUUGACCUCAGAAAUUACCCAUGGCAAGUCAGAUCAGUUAGUUUCCCAGACUUAUUUUUUUAUUUUUUGCCUGUAUUUUUCCAUCACAUAUGUGCAGAAAGAACAUGCAGGAUGAAUCUCACUGAUUCCUGAGAAAAGGGACAAACAGGUUCUAAGUUUGACUUUGUGUUUUUGUUUUACUCCAGUAAUUUAAAGUGUAGAAUUGUGUAGGCGGAGAUCUCAGCUGGCAGUUGGAUGUAGGAGCAGAUUUCCACAUCAGCUUUUUUUUCCCCAAAAUAUGAUUUUUUUUUUUGUUGUUGUUUUUUUUUUACCAAUCACAUCCUGAUUUUUGUCAACCCUGUCAGACACACUUAAGAGCCAUACCCCCAGGUUUGGAUUGUGGCUCAUGCAGGGGUAUUUUUUCAACAUGUUAGCUUUUUGGCUGAGCAGGGAUGAGUAACACUGGUGUAGCUGCUAGUUAUAUUACGGUAGUUGAGCUCUCGGUCUGCGAGGAUUACAGGGAAGUUGACAGGCACAGUCAUCAAACAGCAGACUCCAUCACUUGUUGUUUUGAAUGACUCCUCUAUAAAAGCCAGCGCUACACUAGGCUCAUAUGCUCAUCUAGAGCCUCUUUUUCUUAACAUGCAAGAUUAUUACCUAGUGAGGGUGAAAAAGUGGUGCCCACCCCCUCUGGUCUGGUCAUUAUGUAUCCAUAAGAAUCAUCAAAUGGGAGCAGGGAAGUGGCUGCAUGCAAAACACAAAGAAUGGAGGACUGCAGGGCUGCACUAGUGGUUAUCUUUCAGCAUAUCUUAGCACUUUAAACUGGUAUAUAGGUUGCAGACUUAAAAAAAAGUAUUGAAAGUUUUUCUUGUUUUACUUGUUUUCUCCAGCUUUCUAAAACUGAUGAUUAUGAUUAUGUGAAAACCUACAUUGCUUUCCUGAAAUACUGAGAAAGAUACGUAAAGGUCUAAAAUGUACUUGUUAUUCUAGGGAACUGAGUAAAAGAAAAUGCACAGAUAUAUGUCCACUAGAGGCUUCCAUAGAUAAUAACUGUGGUCACAGGGCAUAUAAGCUGCACUCCUCGGUCUGGCUUACAUGAGGAGUACCACUUAAGUAGACAUUUCAUCUCAUCAAUUGCACUAAAUCAUUAGUAUUCUUCAGCCAAAGUCUGUUGUAAAGCAGAUUUUUAGAUUGUUUAAUUGGUCUUCAUUGGUCGUACUAACACUUUCAAUAGCCUCACUUUUACCUGACAUUUUACGCAAGCUUGUCUUUACUUUAUCGUGGCAAACAGGCAACUGACAAUCAAAGUGUGACUGACUUUGAAUAAGACUGACUUCAGUGUGGUUUCAGCCUUACGCUCUAUACACAGCUUUUUCCAUUUUCAGUGACUUACAGUGUAAUCAUGCAGAUGGGUUUAAGAGAGUUUCAGUAUUUCAGAGUUGCAGUGUUUUUAAAGGAAGAGCUGUGAGGAGAGAUCUGCCAAUAAAGUUGUUGAAAGUGUUUCUCCGUCAAGUGUUUAGAGGCUGUGGCGUGGUUUUGGAUAAACCUUUCCACUCCUCUGAUGUUAAUUAUCAAGCGAAAUCAGAAACUGGAUCACUUUUUGUUUAUAAUAAAGUAUU